UGUCUGAACUCACUAAACACUAGCUACAACACAUCUUUUAUGUGGGCGUUUUUACUUCCUGAUUCAUAAUUAUCAAGGUAAUCACAAAUUAUAUUUGUGUUUAAAUGUUAUGUGAACAACUGAAACCAGAAUCAUUCAUUUGUAAAGUAAACCUCAAACUGAAACGGUUUAAAUCACGACACCCAGAGGUUCUGAUGAUUGUUCUAUUGUCUCUCUUUUAAGGGAUUUCAAAUGAAAAUGACAUUUUAAAACAUCCCGAAGGACUUUCUAAGCAUGACCCGGUGGUCAACUAUGAGAAGAAAGUUCUAAAACUUAAUGUGACUCGUUACCUCCACCAUCACCUCGGUCCCCUGGGUAUAAAGCAUCCCUCGUGAGCAUCCUGGUACCAGACACCCAUAGGACGCCCUCGUGUUAUAGCACCAGCUGUCGUGUCUUAAUUCAGCAGUGAGGUCAGUUCCAAAGCCUCCCCUCAUUAUCUGUCCUCCCCGAGUUCAGCUCAUGACUCCCAAAGCCACUGAUCCACAUCCAAUCCCUGUCCAUCUUCUCUAAACCACGGCCUGCACACACACACACACACACUAUUGAUCUAACUUUGGGAGGACAAACAUUAGUCAGACUAACUUUACGUCUUAAUUAACUCUAGCUCUGCUAAAAGCCUCAACAUCACAGAUGAUUUGACCAGAUCUGUGUGCAGCAAAACAGCUAACAGCCUAGUUAAAGCGUCUUCGCUCUCUGGCCGCUGCUCUUCCUCAUUGUCGGUGAACAUCAUCAGCAGUCCAGUGUCACCAUGUCUUUUACAGAUCAACAUGGAGAGCAUCGUGAAGAUGACGAUGAGGAGCAGAGUGAAGGAGAACGCCCCAAAUACAGGCCGAUGGUCACUCAGCUCGCUCCACCAAAAAUCCCAGAGGGGGAGAGGGUGGAUUUUGAUGACAUCCACAGGAAAAGAAUGGAGAAGGAUCUCCUGGAGCUUCAGACGCUGAUCGAUGUCCACUUUGAGCAGAGGAAGAAAGAGGAAGAGGAGCUGAUCGGACUCAAAGAGAGAAUUGAGAGAAGGCGAGCAGAGAGAGCUGAGCAGCAGCGUGUGAGGGCUGAGAAAGAGCGGGACAGACAGACACGCAUUGCAGAGGAGAGACAGAGAAAAGAGGAAGAAGAAGCCAAGAAGAGGGCAGAAGAUGAGGCCAAGAAGAAGAAGGUUCUCUCCAACAUGGGGGCUCAUUUUGGAGGAUUUCUAGCAAAGGCAGAACAAAGACGAGGCAAAAGGCAAACGGCGAGGGAGAUCAAAAAGAAAACUCUGGGAGAACGAAGAAAACCCCUGGGGAUUGAGAACCUGAGGGAGGACAGCCUGAGGUCAGUGAAGGUCUCACAAAAGGUUGAUGUGUUCAGGGAGUGUCAUUUAAACGUGAUGUUUUCCAGAGAGAAAGCCAAAGAAAUGUGGGAGUGGAUCUACCAACUAGAGUCUGAGAAGUUUGACCUGACCGAGAAGAUGAAGAAGCAGAAAUAUGAGAUUAACGUUCUUCUCAACAGAAUCCAACAUGCGCAAAAAUUCAAAAAGGUCCACGGCAAAGGGAAGGUGGGAGGACGCUGGAAGUGACGAUGUUUCUCAAGCUGCAGCAGUUUUGUGACAUUCAGCUGUUUUAUUUUGUUGUUUGCUUGAUUUCUGAGUUACAUUUGGAUCUGAAGCUUUUAAAGUGCAUGCAAAAAUAAAAGAACAUUUACACUGGUGUUAUUAAAAUGCAAUCAGAUUUA